UCGUUGCUGUUGCCGCGUGUGUUAUGUUACGGAAACGGAGGUACGAAGAAGUUUCUGUGAAACGCCAACGUUCGCUGCAAUUUCUGUGGACACACGUGGGUUAGGAUACCAUGUGGGUUUCACCUACCAGGACAAUUGAUUGAUAUUUUUGUUCGACGAGGACAUUUCAUACGACCGGAUCCCGAUGUCGUCCUGAAGACACGCCGACAAGGUUUUGUCAACGGGAUCGACGAAUUGAAAUCCGUAAAGAGGUUAGGUGGCCAAUCAAACGGUGCCACAUGCUUCUGAAUAUCGUAAAGUAUUAAGCAAGCUUAGAAGAAUUUUAACGAGCGACGUGUGCAUAACAUGAGUAUCUGUUUUGUCGAAAAGUUGUAAUUAAGGAAGGACGAUUUGUAAAUUUAAGAUUUUUAUGUUAAAGAUUUGACAAAAACUAGUUUGUCUUUAAAUUUAACAAAAAGACUGAAGAGUAUGGCGGAUCAGAAAUUGUUUUCAGAGCACAUAUAUAGUUCCAAAUUUCAAGAAGAAUUCAAAAAACACUGGCGCUCUCAAGAUGAUUUUAAGAGCACCAAUCUGGAAAUCAUAUCGAAACCUUUCAAAGUAUGUAAGAUAUCAAAUUUCUUAAGAGACGAGAAGAUCCUAGAGAACUUAAAAAGCGAAUUGGAAAGUCAUGAUUAUAUGCGCAAAGUCCUUGAUCUCUAUCAGUUUGAGAAAACUGAGGAUCUGCACCACUUCACUGACAAGUAUAUCCAAAUGCUGAACAGCUCUUUUCGAAAAGAUCUCAUAUCGUGGAUGAGCCGCAAUACAAACAUUGAGCUAAACGGAAAGGUUUUGAUGUCGAGUGCUCGUUACCAUAAUACAGACCGUUUAUUAUGUCACGAUGAUAACAUGGUUGAUAGAAGAAUCGCUUAUAUAUUGUAUCUGACUGAUGAUUGGUCGGAGGAAGAUGGUGGUUCUUUAGAUCUUUUUGAUAUGGACGAAGAAGGCUCGCCUAGGAAGGUAGUGAAAUCAUUAAUUCCAGAAUAUAACUCUUUGGUGUUCUUCGAAGUAGUGGAAAAUUCUUAUCAUCAAGUAGCCGAGGUAUUGGCGCGUGACAAGUGCAGGUGGUCGAUCAAUGGUUGGUUUCACGGCCCGUUAAGAAAGGAUUUCCAUAAGUCGCCCAGACAGGAACCAGCCAAAACUUUCCUGGAACCAAGUUCUACCAAAAUGAAUUUGCACUCCUGGGUUUUCAAUGAUUAUCUGGAACCCAGUAUAAUGGACCAAAUUCAAGAGGAUGUCGAGAUAUCAUCUCACACGUUUCUUAAAAGCUUCUUGAAGGAAUCUGUGUACCAGCAAAUUACGAAUGAUUUAACGUCGCAGGAUAUCAACUGGCGGAUGAUAGGCCCACCAGAUAUACGUCACUACGAAAUAGCUGACGAGCAAACCUUGCCGAAACUAUUGAGAGACUUCUGUGAUUUAUUUAAAUCUAUCUCCUUCUUUCAAUUGUUGAAGAAAUAUACAGGACUCGAUUUGGUGCCGGAGAAAACAAAGAGACCCAAGAUGACGUUAGAGUUACAGAGGUGGUCGUCGGGCUGUUAUACGUUGUUGUAUGACAAAUCGUUAUUGAUAAAUACUUCAGACGAGUCAACGCGAGCGUUGACUUCAGAUUUCUCGACCAGUGAGGUCAACCUGGACACAAAUAAAACGCGUCGAGAAUUGAAAAGGGAACGAACCGAUGAUGCUUCCUUAGCAAAUUCAUCUGAUAAAAGAAAGAUAGCCAGAUACCUUGAUAGUCAAUCAGAUGUUGGUGUGCACUCGAGUAAACACAAGCAUAGCGUGGAUGUAGAUAAAACUUCCUCGUCUUCAGAUGAGAUGUUGUCUCAUAGUGGCACACUGGUCAGUGACAGCGAGGAUGAUUCUACCGGUGAGAAUGGCGAGUUUCUGCUUGAUGUGAUAAUACAGUUUCAUACAAAAGAUGCCAAAGGCAUGCCGAAGACAAGAGACACGAUAGAUUUUGUGGAUCCUGGUGUCCAGGAAGGUAUUUUAAUUCAAAUUCCGAUGCAAGAUAAUCAUCUUUGUCUAGUCUAUAGGUCAGUCAUGAUAUGUCGUCUUCAUAAAUACUUGAAUCAUUUCUACGAUGGCUAUUCUUACACUUUCGUAUGUACGUAUUACGAGUAGCAUGAUUCUUUGCAUAAUUUUUUGGUUCAAUAUCGUUCUGUUGAAAGAGAAAUUAAAAAGAAAAGAAAGAUUUACGUUUUACGUCCAGCGUCGUUAUUUCGUGGCAAUCGACCAAUUAUUUUUUUCUGAAUUAAGACAUUUUCUU